AUGACUUCUACACAAGCAACUCCUGGUACGUCCGUGGACGGCAAACCAGCCAACAUUGAGACUCGACUAUUUAUCAAUGGAGAGUUUGUCGAGUCGUCAGAUAAGAAGACAUUCGGUAUUUACACUCCCUCAAGCCAUGAGCUGGUCGCAGAAGUCUUCGAGGCUAGUGUGGAAGAUACCAACAGAGCAGUAGCUGUCGCUAAAAAUGCACAGCCGUCGUGGGCUGAAUUGUCCCCAACGCAGCGAAGUGCUCCGCUGAAGAGGCUCGCCGCAUUACUGCGUCAGCACACUGCGGAACUGGCUUAUCUCGAAGCUGUUUCUAUGGGGCGACCCGUCAGUAGCUACGCUGAUAGCAUGAUUGCUGCGCAAAAGUUUGAGUUAUUUGCAGAGGCUGGGUAUACUGCCAAAGGAGUCUCCAGUCUGAAUACCCCCGGGUUUGUGAAUAUGACACUCCGUCAGCCUUUUGGUGUAGUAGCGGCAAUCAUUCCCUGGAAUGUGCCUCUGGUCACUCUCGCAGGAAAGGUUGCCCCAGCCCUUAUUACUGGCAACACCGUUGUUCUUAAGAGCAGCGAAAAAGCUCCUUUGACGUCCCUCAAACUUGCCCAACUUUCGAUCGAAGCGGGUUUUCCUCCCGGGGUAUUGAAUAUACUCUCUGGACAUGGCCAUAAUAGCGGUGCAACCCUUUCGUCGCAUAUGGAUGUCCGCGCGAUAAGCUUUACUGGCUCCACCAGAGCUGGAGGUCUGAUACAGACUGCUGCUGCACAAUCGAACAUGAAAAAUGUGAUCUUGGAAAUGGGCGGAAAAUCCCCGGCUGUUAUCUUCGAGGAUGCCGAUUUAGAAUCAGCAGCGAGAAAGACCGCAAAGAGUAUUCAAUGGAAUAGUGGUCAGGUUUGCAUGGCAAACUCACGAAUCUAUAUCCAAGACACAAUCGCUGAGAGAUUUUCCCGGCUUUUCAAUGCUGCUUUUAGUGAGAUUCACCAAGGAAACCCACUCAACCCAAUAACAAAUCAUGGCCCGAUGGCAGAUGAUAUUCAGUUCGAGACGGUUCGGAGAUACAUUGCAUCGGGUAAAGCUUCCGCAAAGCUCGCUCUGGGUGGUGAUUCUAAGGAUGGGUUCGUGGAGCCGACAGUAUUUACCGAUGUCCCGGAAGAUGCAAAGAUCAUGAAGGAAGAGAUUUUUGGUCCGGUGGUAAACAUCAGUAUCUUCCAUACCGAGGAAGAGGCACUUACAAAGGCCAACGAUACUGAAUACGGCCUUUAUGCCGCUGUCUUUACGAAGGAUAUCAGCAGGGCUAUGCGAUUUGCGAAGGGGCUGGAAGCGGGGACCGUCGGGAUCAACUGUACAUCGCCGGUUACUGGCCACGACCUAUCCUUUGGGGGAUGGAAAUCUAGUGGGGUAGGAAGGGAGGGCCUACUUGACAGCAUCAGUGCCUUUCUAGAACACAAGUCAGUUCUGAUCGAGAUCGAAUAG